CCGAGCAGCACCUGAAGGCAUCACAGCAGAGAAGGACAACCUGAGUGUUGCUCAGUGAGAGACAGCAGAGAGACUCAGAGAGCCAUGGAGGGCAAAGGAGGACUGAGUGAUGAGGCUGUGUCUGCGGCCUGCAAAGAAGGAGAUCCCAUCACCAAGGACUACAUGAUGCAGCAGACGAUGCUGAGGGUCAAAGAUCCGGUGAGAUCUCUGGACUUCUACACUCGGAUCUUGGGCAUGACCCUCCUCCAGAAAAUCGACUUCUCCUCGAUGCGUUUCACUCUCUACUUCCUGGGCUUCGAGGACAAGUCGGACAUCCCGGCCGAAAUCAAAGAGAGGACGGCGUGGACUUUCUCUCGCCGAGCCACCAUAGAGCUCACACAUAACUGGGGUUCAGAGUUAGAUGAAACUCUGUCGUACCACAACGGGAACAACGAGCCCAGAGGAUUUGGUCAUAUUGGCAUCGCUGUUCCUAAUGUUAAAGACGCCUGCAAAGUGUUUGAAGAGCAAGGAGUGACGUUUGUCAAGAAACCAGACUCAGGUAAAAUGAAGGAUCUGGCCUUCAUUCAGGACCCGGACGGCUACUGGAUCGAGAUUUUAAGUCCUAACAACAUGUUCUCAUUAAUGACACCGUAAAGUAGAGACACACUGGUCCCUCAGCUCCUUUUCUAAAAAACAAAACAAAUAAAAAACCCAAACAGAAA